UGCCGUUUUGACUAAAUUAGAGACACACAUCACUGUUGCUGAGAGGUAAAAUGGCUGAGGGAAGAAUUCAGCUGGACUUGGGGAAAUUCUCGUGUUCCAUUUGUUUGGAGCUACUGAAGGAUCCAGUGACUAUUCCCUGUGGACACAGCUACUGUAUGGACUGUAUUAAAGUUUACUGGGACAGAGAAGAUCAGAGGAGGAUUUACAGCUGCCCUCAGUGCAGGAAAGAGUUUAGGCCAAGGCCUGUCUUAACGAAAAGCAUUAAACUUUCUGCUUUAGUGGAGGAUCUAAAGAAGACUGAACUCCAAGCUGCUCCAGCUGAUCACUGCUAUGCUGGACCUGAAGAUGUGGCCUGUGAUGUCUGCACUGGGAGGAAAAGGAAAGCUGUUAAGUCCUGUCUAUCCUGUCCUGCUUCCUACUGUGAGGAUCACCUCCAACCUCAUUAUGAUGCUCCACCUUUAAAGAAGCACAAGCUGAUGGACCCCUCUAAGAAGCUCCAGGAGAACAUCUGCUCUCGUCAUGAUGAGGUGAUAAAGAUCUUCUGUCGUACUGAUCAGCAGUGUAUCUGUUAUCUCUGCUCAAUGGAUGAACAUAAAGGCCAUGAAACAGUCCCAGCUGCAGCAGAAAGGACUGAGAAGCAGAAGAAGCUCCAGGAGAGACGACAACAAAUCCAGCAGAGAAUCCAGAACCAGGAGAAAGAUGUGAAGCUGCUUCAACAGGAGGUGGAGGCCAUCAAUGGCUCUGCUGAAAAAGCGACAGAUGGAAGUGAGAAGAUCUUCACUCAGCUGAUCCAACUCAUCCUGAAAAGAAGCUCUGAUGUGAAGCAGCAGAUCAGAUCCCAGCAGGAAACUGAAGUGAGUCGAGUCAAAGAGCUUCAGAAGAAGCUGGAGCAGGAGAUCACUGAGCUGAAGAGGAAAGAUGCUGAGCUGGAGAAGCUCUCAAUCACAGAGGAUCACACCCAGUUUCUCCAGAACUACCCCUCACUGUCAGCACUCAGUGAGUCUACACACUCAUCCAGCAUCAAUAUUCGUCCUCUGAGAUACUUUGAGGAUGUGACAGCAGCUGUGUCAGAGCUCAGAGAGAAACUACAGGACAUCCUGAGAGACACAUGGACAAACAUCUCAGUGGCAGUAUCUGAUGUGGAUGUUUUACUGUCAGAACAAGAACCAAAGACCAGACCUGGAUUCCUAAAAUAUUCACAAAAAAUAACUUUGGAUCCAAACACAGCACAUAGGAAGUUGUUAAUAUCUGAGGGAAACAGAAAGGUAAUGUUAAUGGAGCAGAAACAGUCUUAUCCUGAUCAUCCAGAAAGAUUUACUGAUCCGUUUCAGGUCCUGAGUGGAGAGAGUCUGACUGAACGUUGUUACAGGGAGGUGGAGUGGAGAGGAGUAGUGUGUGUAGCAGUUUCAGCCAAGAUUAGCAACAACACAAUGAAAUCAGAGGAGAGUUUCUUCGGAUUCAAUGACAAAUCCUGGUCUUUACGCUGUGAUAUAAACGGUCACAUGUUGUAUCACAAAAGCAUACAUAUUCCAGUAUCAGGUCCAGUUUCCUCCAGAAUAGGAGUGUUUCUGGAUCACAGAGCAGGUAUUCUGUCUUUCUACAGCGUCUCUAAAACCAUGACUCUCCUCCAUAGAGUCCAGACCACAUUCACUCAGCCUCUAUAUGCUGGGAUUGGAUUUAGCUCUUCCCCAGUUAAUGGGUCACCAAACAGAUCAUCUGCUGAGUUUAUUAAACUGAAAUAGUCAUAAACAAACUGGAUGAACAGGUGUCUUUAUCUGAGUUUAUUUUUUCUUUGUUUUAAGCAUAUCUACAGUAUGCCAUCCAUCAAUCCAUUUUCUUACACACUUAUCCCAAGUGGGGUUGCAAGGGGUGCUGGUGCCUAUCUCCAGCUGUCUACGGGCAAGAGGCAGGGUGCACCCUGGAGAGGGCAACACAUACACAAACAGCCAUUCACACACCUAAGGGGACUUUAGAGAAGCCAAUCAACCUAACAGUCAUGUUUUUGGACUGUGGGAGGAAGCUGGAGUACCCAGAGAGAACCCACGCAUGCUCAGGGAGAACAUACAAACUCCAUGCAGAAAGACCCUGGGCUGGGAAUCAAACCCAGAACCUUCUUGCUGCAAGGCAGCAGUGCUACCCACUGCUUCACUGAGCAGCCCUGUCUACAGUAUGUAUGGCUUCAAUUAUUAUCUUCAAAUCUCAACAAAUUACAUUUUUUUUUAUUUUGUUAGAGGCAAUUGACCAGAUCAUUAAAAUGUGUAACAUCCAACAAACUGUGGCUUUACAUGUUUUGUUAAUUGGAAACCGUUGGAAACUGUAGAAACCCUAAAAAUCUGUUCAGGAUUUGAUUGAAUUGUGAUGUUAGCUUCUUCUCCUAUACUCAGCAAAUAUCUUUAAUGUAUUUUUUUGUGUUGCAAAGUUGUAUUUCUUUUCAUUUCUGCUCUUAGUUUUAAACUGAUCCUUAAAUCUCUCCUCUGAAUGUUAGUGACGCCCUCUAGUGUCUCGUCUUAUUCACCAUGAACAUAACUGCCUCUUUUCUUUAACCAAUCACUUUACCUUCAUGGUACUUCACUUUUGCUGUUAUUUACUUAGUUAAGUUAAUUAUU